CAAGCUGCAGCUGGUCUGCCGGGCAACACAUCCUCCUCAUGUCCGUCACGACUCACGAACCGGAUCCAUUAAUUGUUGAAAAUGUAGGUCUUAUAUUAUUCUAUUGUGUUUGUGUGUGUGUGUGUUCAGUGUGUCACGGUGAUUGAUUAGAGCACGUUGAACUGAAUAAUAUGGUGUGCGCAUGAGUUAUUGUUACCUAUUUCUGUUGUUGUAAAACGCCAUACCAGCAUGGAACUGUUGAAAAUCGCCAAAAGCAAUUUGCGCAAGGAAAUCAAGUGGAAAUUGUCCGAAAUGUCUGCCAGGGAAAUCGCCGAGCAAUCGAAAAUUAUCACGAAAAAAUUGAUAUCUAACCCACUGUACGAAAACAGUAAAAGAAUAUCGAUAUAUUUAAGUAUGGAUUCAGAAGUGCAAACGGCGGAUAUUGUUAAACAUAUGUUCGACUCGGGAAAACUGUGUUUCAUUCCAAAAUUCGGUCAAAGUGAAAUGUCCAUGGUAAAGGUGAAGUCGUUGGACGACGUUAAGAGUUUGCCGAAAACCAAAUGGAAUAUAUCGCAACCGGCCGACAUCGACAUUCGAGAAAAUGCCAUGCUCACAGGCGGUUUGGAUCUUAUGAUUAUGCCCGGUAUGGGGUUCACCGUUGGCGGCAAACGUCUGGGACGCGGCAGAGGAUAUUACGAUCGGUGUAUACAGACGUAUAAAGAAAUUUAUCCCAAAAACAAUCUGCAAACGAUCGGUUUAGCCUUCAGUCAACAAAUACUCGAAGACAUUCCGACGGCCGAACACGAUAUUACUUUAGAUUUAGUCAUUCGUCCGGACUCGGAUUGACGACCGACAAAAUGUUUAUAUUGUUUUUACCGUACGGAGCCUGUGAUAAUUUUGGGACACCAAACCAAAUAAUAUUUUUUAUUAUUAUUAUUAUUGUUAUCGAAAACUUUUUUUGUUUUAUAGAUAUUUACAUUUAUUUUAUUUCAUAUUAUAAAAUUAUUUUUACAAUCCGAAUUAUACAUAAUCUUAUCAGUAAUAAUAAAAUAUAAUAAAUACACUUAUUAUUUAUGCACUAUAUAAUAAUCGGUUCGCAAGAGUACACGUUCAACUUAACAGCUAAUAUAUUUUAUAUACUUGAAAAACAAUUUUGUUUAAAAAAAAAAAAAAAAAUUGAUGUGUAAUAUUUAGUAUAGAGUAUAAUGAGCAUAAACUAAGUACACUAAUAUCCAGGUAUGGCUAUAAAUAAUUAUAUAAUACAAGAAAAAUUAAAAACAUUUCAUCUAUAAUAUUGUGUAAAAAAAAAAUUACCUACGAAAUAAAAUGAUGAUUUUUAAAUCGAAAAGUUUCUAUAGGGAUUUUCUUAAUAAAAUAAUAAUAAUAAUAAUAAUAUGAAAUGAAAAAAAAAAAAAUGAGAUUAUCUCUUAAUCGAAAAACCAUAAUUUCGUACAAUCGAGACAUGACACGCAAUGAUUUUGUAAAUAAUUUAAUUAUAAUAAUUAUUAUAUUAAAUUUUAAAACAUAGUAUCGUUAUUGGUAUUAUUAAGGUUUUGAUGGUUUUUUUUUUUUUGAUCAUGGCCGUUCAGAGAGAGCCAAACAUUUUCUGUCCUCUGGUGAGCGCAAGGCUGACAGUGACUACGGACACAAUGAACAUGAACAGACCCAAGCACGCCGUGACCACGCGACACCAGCAGCGUUGUUUUUUGCUCACUUUGAUCUUCUGCAUUAACUUUUCCGCUUGUUGUGCGUCCAGAGUGAAUUGGAGUCCGCGUAACACCGCUCCGCAAUCCUGAAAUUGUAUAAUAAUUAGAUGAACAACCACAGUCUUGUAUCGUUUACAAAAAACAAUAAUGUUACUAUAUUUUACUAAUUUACAAUUUACUAUAAUUUGUGUACUUGUUUAUUAUAUGAUUUUAUUGUUAAACUGA